AUGACAACGGCCAGCUUUUCUCACAUUGACACAAACUCUUAUACGGGUAAGCCCUGGGGCAAGGUAGACGGGCCAGGCUCAAACUUCAGCAAUCAAUGGCAUGAGCGCUCAGUACACAACCUUCGUGGCCGUGAACAUGAGUUUAACACGGACAAUUCUGGGUUUGCAGUCUACCAAUCCCCCGCCAAAGAGAAACUCUUCACCGACGACACUGCUGUCCGAGAUGGAUACUACAGCGAAGUCGAAUCUUUACUGCGAGAAAGGCUUCCUGGAAUCAAGAAGGUCGUCAUAUUCGACCACACCAUCCGAAGACGAGAUAAAGACUCUCCUCGCCAACCCGUCCAGCAGGUUCAUGUCGACCAGACACCUGCUGCGGCAGAAGUGCGUGUCCGCCGGCACUUGCCAGCAGAAGAAGCCGAGGAGCUCCUCGAAGGCCGCUACCAAAUCAUCAACGUUUGGCGACCCAUUGGCCAUGCUGCUUCCGACCACCCACUCGCCGUGAUCGACUGGCGCACAACCUCGCCCUCUGACUUCGUCGCCACCGACCUCCUGUACCCCAAGCGCGCAGACUCAUUGGACCUGGACGACCGCGGCAAGGAAAAACUACCUGACCCCAACAACUACACUUCUACCGAAGGCUACGAGGCCAGGGGCGAAACAUUAGCCGUAGCCCCAAACGACAAUCACAAGUUUUACUACCAAAAGGAUAUGACCCCUGACGAGGUGAUGCUGCUCAAGUGCUUUGAUAGCUUCGGCGAGGGCAUGCCCUCGGGAAAGAAGGGACUCUCGUUACGAACACCGCAUACAGCUUUUGCAGACCCCAAUACGCCUGCAGAUGCACCGGGAAGACAAAGCAUCGAGGUUAGAUGUUUGGUGUUUUACGAAUAG